AUGUCCGGAUCGGUGGAGGCGCUGUUGAAAGGAUCUUCCCCACCAAAUUCACGCUCCCAAGAGCUCCACUGGAGCAGUGACAGUGUCAAUUCUAGAACGGGACGGGCCCCUCCCCCCAGCUCUCUUGGCUCUGACACGCUCCGCCAACACUGCCGAACGCUGACGUCAAUUCCCAGCAAGACGGGAAAAUUACACUUUCAAAAAGCAAUUGAAACGCGGACCCCACCCAUUUUUGCCACUAGGAACCUGCAUAUCAUUAGCCACACCGACCUCAUGGUCAUGGGCAUUCCUAGUUUGUCUCUGGAAGAGAUUUUUAUGACCCCCAGCUCAGCUUUUCUUAGGCCAAUGCUCUUGGUAGCUUUGCAACGGCUCUAUGUCAGUCACCCAAGUUACAGUCUGAAGCAAACGCCAGGCGAUGGCCCAAGCAGUAUCAAGUAUCGACAUUUACUUCCAACCGUUUUUUAA